GACUUGUAUACAGAUCGUUAAAGAUGUGUAGAUUUACAAUAAUUAUGAAAUGUAUGCUUGUCGAAAGGCGUUUCAUUAACAUUGCAAUCAAAGCAAUCAUUGCAAUCUAAUUUAGUUUUGUUUAAGAUGCAGUAAUCCCUGAUCAAAUAUAUCUGUAGGAAGAUUAUCUUGCAACGGAUGAGUUUGGAUCGAAUCUCGGAGACCCAGCGGAUCGAUCCCAUCUACACCCCCGAGAAUGUUCGCCUACACAUAAUGUAAAUGACUGUCGGUCAUCAACAACGGAGACGAGUUCGAUGUCGACCACGCAAGACAUGAUGGACGAGUUACUGGGUGACAUCAAUGCCAUGAUCGAGUCAGCAAGUAGCAUUGUUGAGGCUGCACGACAGAUACGUAACAUCGUACACCAAUCACUGGAGUGUGUGGACCUGCAUCGAUCUGGUGUGAGCCAGCUUGGUUUAAUCGGAACCAUCAAGGACAUCAGACGUGAAACCGUUCGGGCUGUCGUCGACGCUGACCGCGCUCAUCUUCGCUUUGCCAAGGUUCUAACCGAGUUCUGCCAGCUGCGUCGCUGUCUUCGACGGCUCGGUGUUUUGCCAUCCACGUCAAGCUACGGCGUACGGUAUAACAACGGCAGGAUGAGAAGCAACGGGGUCCGCGAUUUUGAAGAUACUGGAUUAUGAUGAAA